AUCGAGCAGGAAGUAUUGGCUCGGCCCGGGCGGGAGCCGGGAUCUCGGGGUCACCGGAGCCUGAGCGCCCGUCCCCUCCGCGGCCGCGGGAGACCCGCGAUGUCGUCGGCCGGCGCUCGGCCCGCAGGUGGCGAGGGCCCGGAUCCGCCCAGCGCCGCAAACACGCCGCGCUUCACGAUUGAUGACUUUGAAAUUGGGCGCCCGCUGGGCAAGGGGAAAUUUGGCAAUGUAUACCUGGCUCGACUCAAGGAAAACCACUUCAUCGUGGCCCUGAAGGUCCUUUUCAAGUCCCAGAUAGAGAAGGAAGGGCUGGAGCACCAGCUGCGCAGGGAGAUUGAGAUCCAGGCCCAUCUACAUCACCCCAACAUCCUGCGCCUGUACAACUACUUCUAUGACGCCCGGAGGGUGUACCUGAUUCUGGAAUACGCUCCAAGAGGCGAGCUCUACAAGGAUUUGCAGAGGAGGCACACGUUAGAUGAACAGCGCACAGCCACGAUAAUGGAGGAGUUGGCCGAUGCCCUGACCUACUGCCAUGAGAAGAAGGUGAUUCACAGGGAUAUUAAGCCAGAGAACCUGCUGCUGGGGCCCAGGGGUGAGGUUAAGAUUGCAGACUUUGGCUGGUCUGUGCACACUCACUCUCUGAGGAGAAAAACCAUGUGUGGGACUCUCGACUACUUACCCCCGGAAAUGGUCGAGGGGAGAACAUACGAUGAGAAGGUGGAUCUGUGGUGCAUUGGGGUGCUCUGUUACGAACUGCUGGUGGGAAGUCCACCCUUCGAGAGUGCCUCACACUCCGAGACCUACAAACGCAUCCUCAAGGUGGACGUGAGGUUUCCCUCGUCAAUGCCUUCUGGGGCCCAGGACCUGAUCUCCAGGUUGCUCAGAUACCAGCCCUUGGAGCGGCUGCCCCUGGCCCAGAUCCCCACUCACCCCUGGGUCCGGGCCCACUCCCGCAGGGUGCUGCCACCCUCGGCUCACGUGGCUCCCUGAGCCCUGCCUGCCCUGUGCGCUCCUGCAGGGCGUUCUCCUGGCUCUGCCUCCUUGUCUUUUGUGUCUUUGCUUUUAAAAUGCGAGAAGCUAAUUAAUAAAGGUGGGAACACUUCGCA